AUGGGUACUAGGCAGUUAGCAACUAGCACUACUUAUCCUAAGAGGCACGAGUUAAUUGAUCAGCCCGAGAGGACUGCUAUUGAAACACUUCCUUCAAUUAUGUGCAAGGGAAUAUCACAAGAGCAGGAUGAACCAUUGGAAGAUAUGUGCAAGCAUAUUGGAUGUCAGAUGCUGGUGCAGCAGAUGGAGUGGCCGGUUGCAAGGGAUAUAGCACAAGUGAAGAACUGUGCUAAACUACCGGUCGCAGGUCGGGUAUUCUUGCAAGAGCUUAAGGGUAAGAUCCUAGUGGUAUGGAACUUCAGAGCAGUUGAAUUGCACAGGAUUGUCAAGAAAGAGCAAAAUAGAUGGAUUGCACAAGAGCUGAGUCUGGGGGAAAGGGAACUACUCAAUUGCAAGAAUUGUAGCAUAGUUAGUAAUAAGACAUCAUGUGCUGCAGAAUCAAUGGCAUUUGGGAAAAAUAAUGCACCAGCAGAGAUAGGUGGACAUGGAUAG